GUUUUUGCAUCCAGUCCGGCUGAAGGACUUUUGCUGCGUGGUGACGAGCUUGUGCAUCUUGAAGGCCAUAUCGGCUGGGAGCUCGAGCCACACGAAGCGGAUGCGAUCGCCAACUGCCGAGGUCACGUUCUGCAACUUCGCGUGAAACGGUAG